CAAUUUCCCCUGCUCUCUCUCUCUUUCUGUAGUUUUCCUGUCUCCCUGCUUGCAGUCUCGGAACGUCGUCGUUUCGGUGAAGUUGAAACACAAAAUGGCCCCUGAAACUAGAAGAAUGGUUUACCCGAGAGAGUCAGACUCCGAGACAAGCUCGUCGGAGGAAGAGGAGGAGGAGGAGGAAGAAGAGAAUAAUUUGUCAGAAUCAGAAGAAGUAGAAGAUAGAAAUAAAAAAAAUGGAGGGAAAUUUGAUUUGGAUGAGGGAAAGAAGAAAGGGAAAGUCCCCAUUACUAUCAGACUCAAGAAAGUCUGCAAAGUUUGCAAGGAGGCGGGUCAUGAAGCGGGGUUUAGGGGGGCUACGUAUAUUGACUGCCCUAGGAAACCAUGCUUCCUCUGCAAAAUGCCUGGCCACACAACAAUGACAUGUCCUCAUAAAGCUACUACUGAGUAUGGGGUCAUUCCGGCUAGCCGUAGAAAUACUAAGAACCCUUUGGAAUUUGUCUUUGAACGCCAACUUCGAGCUAGAACUCCUUUAGUCAAGCCAGCAUACUUGAUCCCGGAUAAAGUGAACUGUGCGGUUAUCAAAUACCAUAGCAGACGGAUAACCUGCUUGGAGUUCCAUCCAACAAAGAACAACAUCCUUUUAUCUGGAGACAAGAAAGGACAAGUUGGAGUGUGGGAUUUUGAAAAAGUGUAUGAGAAGAUAGUUUAUGGAAAUAUACACUCUUGUAUAGUUAAUAAUAUGAGAUUUAGCCCCACAAGUGGUGAUAUGGUAUAUGCAGCAUCCUCUGAUGGGACCGUUAGUUACACUGACUUGGAGACGGGAAUUUCAUCAUCUUUGAUAAAUCUUAAUCCUGAUGGCUGGCAGGGCCCAAGCAGUUGGAAAAUGCUAUAUGGUAUGGAUAUGAACUCAGAGAAGGGUGUGGUACUUGUUGCUGAUAACUUUGGGUUUCUCCAUAUGGUGGAUGUUCGGUGCAAUAGCAAAACUGGAGAGUCAAUUUUGAUACAUAAGAAAGGAAGCAAAGUUGUUGGACUCCAUUGCAGUCCUGUUCAACCAGAGCUUCUCUUGAGUUGUGGAAAUGAUCAUUUUGCCCGAAUUUGGGAUAUGCGGCGAUUAGAAGCUGGAUCAUCUCUUUAUGAUCUUGCUCACAGACGUGUCGUCAACUCUGCAUAUUUCUCUCCGUUGUCUGGCAGCAAAAUUCUCACAACAUCGCAGGACAAUCGUCUUCGAGUAUGGGAUUCUAUCUUUGGUAAUUUGGAUUCGCCGAGCCGAGAGAUUGUACAUAGUCAUGAUUUCAACCGACAUUUGACUCCUUUCAGAGCUGAAUGGGAUCCAAAGGAUCCAUCAGAAUCCCUUGUUGUUAUUGGUCGGUAUAUCAGUGAAAAUUACAAUGGAGAAGCUCUGCAUCCUAUUGAUUUCAUAGACAUCAGUACAGGGCAACUAGUUGCUGAGGUUAUGGAUCCAAACAUUACAACUAUUACUCCAGUGAAUAAGCUUCAUCCACAGGAUGAUGUUCUGGCAUCGGGUAGUUCGAGGUCUCUCUACAUUUGGAAGCCGAAAGAGAAGUCUGAUGAUGUAGAACAGAAAGAUGAAGGAAAAAUUAUCGUCUGCGGAAGAGAUGAGAAGAUAAACAAGCGGAAGUUGGACGGAAGUGAUCGUGAUUCGGAUGAUGACAUGUUCAGCUCGAAAGGCAAGAAUGUUAAAAUUAAAGAGUUUGAAAUGAAAACUAAAACAACUCGCUAUGGUCGGAAGGCUAAACGUUAAGAGUGAUAGAUGCAGACGCCUCCAUGAGAAACCAGUUAUUUACUAUCGUGGAGUUUGAUUUUGUGAUUCCACGGUAGAGAUUUUGGAGUCAUCCAGUUACGUACCCUGUUUUGCCAAACCCCUUUUCUCCUGUUUGUAGAAAGUUUAAGUUUUCUAACACUUGCAAGAAGAUGCUGUAGUUACGUAAGACACCUAACUUGCCAUUCUGUUUCUCUGCACAGCUAACUUUUAGCCGAAUUGUAAAGAUUUCUCAAAAGGGUAAUCUACAUAAACCCUUUUUGAAUGUCUUUCCGUAAUGAGAUUUUAGUUGGGUGCUGCUAUAUCGAAA